UCAGUGUGUGUGCCUGUCCUCCUGAUCAUUCGAAAGACUGCUCUCUGUGCUUCCUUAAGAAGCCAUGUUGAAAGAUUAGCAUAUGGGCUAGGGCGAUCAGUCAGUAAAGUGCUGACUGUGCAAGCCCAAGAACCCGACUUCAGUCCCCAAAACCUAAAUUCAAAGAGCCAAGCGCAGUGAUGCAACUUGCAUUCCCCAUGGGAGGAAUGCUAAUUACCUACGGGGUACAUUCUAGGUCAGUGUCUGAAGCACAGAGAUGGUAGAUGGGUGGGUAAAGAACCAUGCCUGAAGUCGUCUUUGACCUUCACAUGUACUCUCACACACAUGUGCACCUGCACACCCAGGAGAGUAUGUAUACACAAGCACAUCCUCACGCAUGCACACACAUCCUCACACAUGCACACGGUAACACUGAUCUGCCCUGAAUGAAGAAGAAAACUGUUCAGGAAUGGCUUCCAUUGUGAGUGACUCCUCACAACUCUGGAUUGUGCUAGGAUUAACUUAGCUUCCACGGAGGCCGUUGGAUGCAGACACAGAUGAGACACCUACACAGCACACUUUGGUAAGAACUGUCUGUCACACACAGCAGGUUAGGAAGGAAGGCAGGCGUGAGGAGCUGCCCACACACCAGCUGCUUCGCCACCGUUCUUGAAGUUGGAGGAUCAUGAGGAGAAGGACUUCGUAGAUGGGCUGUUGGAAGGAGCCCAGUUGUUCCUUUAUGGUGACGGAGGCCUCCUUUGUGUGAUUAUUGUGAAAACCUGGUAGUGACAGGUCUGUAACCUAGCCGCUCUAUGACUUCUGUCACUUGGCGUGUCACUUAGUCUUUUUUAAACCCCGAUAACAUACAUGCAAGCCCCUUUUCUGUGAAGACUGAUGGGUGACAAGCUGUGUCUUCUGCAGCAUAGUGGGGAAUGAUCGACUGUGACUUUCAGGGAAGUCAGCCUCCAUGCAUCCAGAGCUUUUGAGAGCUGAUGUCGCUGAGCCAGUUGUUUCCAUUCUUGGCACUCUGUCCCAGACUUAGUGUGUUUACAUUGUUUUAGGUGUGAGGUUUUAUUAAGGCAGUAUUUGCAACAGUAAUGUUUUAUCAUACACUAAUGUUAAUGGUGAGCUGUUACACUUACAAAACAUGAUAGUCAAACAGAAGUGGAAUAGCUGCAAGUAUGAUAAAUAUGUUUAAAACUGUUUCCAAAGAGCAGUAACUGAUUCAGAGUGUCAGAUAAAAAGAAAAUGCAUGUUUUAGAUAGUACUUGAUCUAAGUGUUUGAUGUCUGAAAGAUACAGAAGACAAAUAGUGGCUGUGUUCCACUCUACAUGGUUACUAUUACAGCUAUUACAGUAGGGCUUUGCACAUCCUAGGCAAAUGCUACACCACUGAACUGCUGUGCCCUUGCUCCUAAAACUUAUAGAGUUUGUAGGAUCAUUUUGUGUAUUCCAAGUUCUUAGUGAUUGUAAUUCUUAAAGGCUAGAAAAUGUGUUUAAAAUGGCCAUACUAUUGGUAAAUUUUGCCGUAAAGGAAGAGAAAGAUUAUGUAUAGGUAUCAGUUGAAAGGUGUUGAGUGUAGCUUUCUUUUUUGAGAUAGGGAUUUCAGUAGCCGUGUAUUACCCGAACCUCUCUUUUUAGAUUAGGCUGGCCCCUAACUCACAGAGAUCUGCCUGUGCCUGACAGGUGCUGGGAUUAAAGGUGUGUGCCACCACCUGGUAACCAUCAAGUGUAGCCUUCUUCACUAAAAGAUUAGUGGCUUUCGAGAAUCAGAACGACUGUAGCCAAUUGUAUACUGUGGUCACAUCACAUAUAAUGUAGUUAGGAAAUACUGUUUACUGCAUGAAAUUUUCCACUAAUGAGGCAUUGUUCUAGAUUCUAGCAAGUGUAUAAUAAGGCACUUGGUUGCUGGAUGCUCACAACAUAAGGGGGAAAAGUCAAGAUACAAGUGUCCUCAUGGCGUCAUCGUUCAUAGGGGAGACACUCCUCACUGCUGUGAAGAGGGAAAGAAGACUGAGGCACCACGAAACAUGGACAUUUCUAAGGCUAAGUUGACAAGGAAGAGCUCAGAGUUAACUGUGGAGUAUCCGCAGAGAUCUGAAAGUCCCAGGACACGGGACUGAAGGGGAAGCAUGGUGACAAGUCAUCGAGAGUCCUGAGGGAAGGGUCUUCACAGCCACACAUGUGACUAGUCCACACCGGAUAGUCGUUUGCUGAGUGGAUGGAGAAGGGGCUUCCUGGUGGAAGACUGGGCAGCUGCUAGAGGACAUGCUCUGCGGUGAGCGGAGGCACAGGUGACACAGGGCACGUGAGUCCUGAGAGGAGUGCGCAGAAAGGCUGGCCUUUUCAGCAUCCCAGCUGCAUUGAGGAGGAUGGUUUGAAAGAGAAACAAGGCAUAAAGCAGUAAUCCAGAAGAGUUAGCGGAGCUUGAAUGAGAGAGACUUCAUUCCAUCGAUGCUUGAGAGGAAAGGCCGGCAUGCUGAGAGCUCAGGAAACAGGAAGGUGGAAUAGGGUGGAGGAAGGAAUCCAGCUGGACUCCCAAGGCAUCUAGGUAUAAGGAGAGUUAAGAGAGCUAGUUGGUCCUCUCCCCACCGUGGCCACGGUGCGGGAAGGCCAGCGAGCGGCUGUGAUGGCUGACGAGAUUGCCAAGGCUCAAGUGGCCAAGCCCGGCAGCGUCAUGGUCUUCGGCAAGAUCAUUGACAAAGAAAUCCCCGCCAAGAUCACCUUUGAGUGUCUUGCUUUUCAUGACAUUUCCCCUCAAGCACCAACACAUUUCCUGGUGAUACCCAAGAAACAUAUAGCCCAGAUUUCUGUAGCAGAAGACGAUGAUGAAAGUCUUCUAGGACAUUUAAGGAUUGUUGGCAAGAAAUGGGCUGCCGAUCCAGGCCUGCACCGGGGCUAUCAGAUGGUGGUGAAUGAAGGUGCAGCCCGGGGACAGUCUGUCUAUCAUAUUCAUCUCCAUGUUCUUGGGGGUCGGUAAGCAGGUUGGGGAUAAUUUUCUCUUCUCUAGGUAGUGAUUCAGUUGGCAAGCUCCAGUAUAUUAAAUGGCACACAUAGUUUUGCCUGUGCAUAGAAAAAUUGAAGAGAUCAUUUAAAAUCCUGUGUCUAAUAAAAAAAAACAUUGUUACAAAAAAAAGAGAGAGAAGCUAGUUGGAAGGAAAAACAAUGAGAUUAAUGGACACACAGCAAGCUCAGAUGCCUGUGGAGUCUACAGUGGAAAUGCCCCUUCAGUGGUUGGAGAUCCAGGACUGACCAUUAGGAUAAGAUUGAGCUGGACAGAGGAAUGCAGGGACCAGUUACACACAUGUUAGGUGCCAUGUGAAACAACUACAGAAAUCAUCUUGACUCAGGAAUUUAUGACAUUCAAGAACCCACAUAGUGGGAAUCCAUGACUAGUUUCUUCACAUUUUAAUGUGAAAUCCAUACAAGUAUGCUUAGCUGUUAGCAUAAUUUUAACAUAGAUCUGCAGAGCUGAGACUCCAGGCUCCAUGGGUCACAGUAUGGGAUGACUGUGGUUGUUGGCUAGACCCAGCCAGCAACUUUUCCUUCAUGUCCUUUACCUGCCAAAAUUAAUAGGUACAUAUAUUGUACUUGCUAAGGUGAAAUUGUGUUUUAAAAGGCUGUUGUAGAGGCUGGAGAGAUGGCUCAGAGGUUAAGAGCACUGGCUGCUC